AUGUUCUCUAUACCUCUGCAAACUUUUACUUAUGGCGAAUCUUACGUAUAUGUUUUCUUAAGCGCAUUAUUGAAGUGUACAAAAAUAAACUCAGAGCUCGAUAUAGUGAUACUGGUGGAUUCAAAUUUUAUCACUAUCACUACAUCGAAAAAUAGUGAUAAUAAGCAGGCACGGGCCCAAAUUUUCCAAAAAAUUAUCACUAUAUCGCGAUUAUCACUAUAUCGAAUAUCACUAUACCGAGAUUUGACUAUAUUGUAUUGGCCAAUUAUUCGUAAAAAUUAUUUAAAUCCAGAUAGAAAGCUCUCUAUUUGUACUCCACUCUUUGCUUCCAGCGUAUGCUUCUUAUUGAAGUGGUGCAAGUUUCCCGAAUUUCAGGGUUCUAUGCUUUUUGAGAGUGAAAAAAUCGGAUAUUUUGAUCAACAUUCGAGUAAUUGUAAUAUAAUAAACCUCGAAGAGGUGGAUCACAAUGUGUCUCACCAGGUUACUUAA